AUGAGGAGGGUGAAGGCGCAAGAAGCAGUUGGUCGGGUGCGGUGGAAGAGGGAGGGCCGAUAUGAGGCGGACGGACGGAUCGAGGCGUGUGUGGAGAAGGCGGAGGCCGGCAGUAGAUGGACGACGAGGCCGGCGAGCGGACUCCGGCCCUGGGAGGCUCCCGCGGGCCUUCCGUCCGGGCUCACUCGUCUUCGCCACGGCGGGUGCCGCUCUUCGAGAGGGCCUCGGCCCGUUGGUGGAACCCGCAGUUCCGAUCGGCCUCCUUAGAGGCCCAGUACUGGAAGUGCAGCUUCAGCCAGCUCCGCGACCGUUUCCGGUCCGGCCUCAUCUACAUCGCCGUCGUCUGCUUCGCCUGGGCCGUCUAUCUGGCUAUUUUCGACCGGGCCGGAUUCCAGCAUUGGGUCUGUUGUCUGGAGUCUUGUCGUGAUGUCAAUUCCAAGCCAAAUAUCUUGUUUUCAUCUUUAUUUUUCGAGAAAAUAGGAUAAUAAGUUCAAAUUAGGAGUCGGAAAGCCAUAAGAAAGACUAAAUUUCGAAAUUCAGCUGCUUGUGAGUGUAUUUUAAAAACAUUUUUGAGUUUUUUAAAGCUAUAUAACUUUCUAUAACCUUUUUCUUCGAGAAAAUAGAAAGAUUUACCCAAAAUAUGCAUUGAAAAUCCAUUAAAGACCAUAUUUCGAAAUGAACCAGCUUUUGAGAUUCUUCUUUCAAAACUAUUGUGCUUUUCGAAGCAAAUUACCAUGAAAAGAAGCUCGAAAACCCAUCAAAUAGUUUAAAAUACCCUUUUCUCUAUAGCUUGUACAUUUUGUAUGGAUUUUUUUUUUUGUUUGUUCAAAGCGAAUUAACAUUUUUCAAUCAUUUUUUGUUGAAAAUUAGUAUGAGAAUUUCAAGCUUUGAAAAAAAAACCCCAUUGAAAUGAUUGUUCUUCAAAUCUUUCAACUUUUAAGCCUGAUAUUGAAAAAACUUCAAUGUUAUAGGCCAUUCCGCGCUAGCUUGUCACGUUUUUCUCCCCGCCAAAAGUCCAGGGCAAAUUUAACCGACUUUCGCUUCAAGACCUUCUUUUCUUGCCGUUUUAAAAGCAGAAAUUUGAUCUAAUUUGAUAUACGGUAUUUUUGGCGGGAAGAAAAACGUGACAAGCUGGCGCGGUAUAGGCUAUAUUGAGUCGAAAAAAUGAAAAAAUUUCAUAACUAGUCAAAAAAAAACCAGGAAGAUUAAAUGUUAUGUCUCUUGUUUAUUAUUAAUUCAGACUUCCUUGAUUAAAUUUGAAUUGAAUUUUUUUUUUCUCUUUGAAUCUAUUAUUUAAUUUGUCUUCUGUGAUGAAAAAAAACCAAAACUCCAAUUCCAAGUCAAAAAAACCAUCUGAAAGAAUUUUUUCCAAUAUUUUCCCUUCUAUUAUCCUAUUUUUCAUUACUCUUUCUCUGAAAAUCAUCUUUUGUUAAUACCUAUUUCCACGGAAAACUUCUGAGACCAAAUUUUCCCGGUAAGGAAAAUUUUGACUUUUUUGGAAAUUUUUGGAAUGGAAAUUUUGACUUUUUCCUGCCUUAACAUGUCCAUGAGAUAAUAUUUUGAUGAGAACACUUUUUUUCUUGAAAUCGAACCCUUUUGUUGAUUUCCCGGUCUUUUGUUUGUUUAUUUUCUCACACCUGAACUGUCACCUUUCGAAAAAAAAAUCUUUCAAAUUGGCCCAAAUUAAAAAUUGCUGCACAAUUGAAAAAGUUCUAUACGUUUCUCGGUCCGAAAUGCCGAAAUUGCCUUUAUUUGUUCUUUUUUUUGAAACAAAAUUGGUUUUUUUCUUUGUUUUUUUUGGAAUUCCAAUGCUUCCUAAACCAUUUCGAGAAUGUUUUUCGAUUGGAAGCCUCUCUCAAAUCCAAUUUUAUUCUUUUUUCCUGCCGACUUCAUUUUAUUUUGCAAGAGUUUUCGAUCCACUGGAAAGAAGGAGCUAAUUUUUCAAAUUUUGAAGAUUUCAAUUGGGGUCAAAAUAAUCAAUAUAACAACCAAUUGUUGGGGAAAAUCCAUGCGAAACAGAGUUUGUCGUUAUAUGUGUGUUUGGGAUGAACACGAAUGGGAAUGUUUGGAAAAAUCGGCAACGGCCACAGAGGCCGUCCAACAGAUAUAUAUUUAUUUAACCGCUCCGAGGUGAGGGCGCAGAGUGAAGCAAUAGAGAAUUUAUUCGACCAAAACCACUUUUGAGAGUUUUUUUGGAAUGUGAGAAAAUAUUCACCUUGCUUAUCUGGAUUCAUAAAAAUGUCUAUUUUACGAGUUUGAAAUGACAAGCUGACCGUAACAAUUUCAAAACUUUUUCAAAAUUUCUUAGAUUUUUUUCUCGAUUAGAAACAGUUUUUUUAAAGGCAGGUUUGAAAUAAAAAGCCACCUAACCAAUAAAAAAAUCAGAAAAAUAAUAUAACGAUUUCGAAACUUCUCUCUGGGUUCUUUAAAGCUACGGAAGCCUUUCUUUUCCUUCAAUAUCGAAAAAAGGCUCAAAAGCCGUUUUCAGGUUCUUGAAGCCAACUCCGACUUAUGUCCCUUCAAAAAACCUCCUCUAAUAAAAAUCUCAGUCAAUCGAAAAUCAACCACAUUCUCGACAUUCUUUUCCUUCAUUUUGAAAGAAAAUUGAAUUUAGUUGUUGAAUGGUCCAUAAGAAAAUUUCUGCAAGGUCUUGAAAAAAGAGCCGUUUUCCGAUUUUUAGAACUAAAUUCGACUUAUGCGCCUUUAAAAACCAUGGAAGCUGUAAUGAAAUAACUCUAUUACCGUGUUAGUUAUUAAUUUUCGCGAAAUGCAAAAUUGUCUCUGAAACUUCAAGACUUAGUUAUCUUCUCACUUAAACAGGCAAAUACAUCAAAAAAAAAAGUGAGCAUCAUAAAAGAAAAUCGAAAUUCAACAGGAAAAAGUUCAAAAACAAGCCAAUUUUCAGGUGACGGCGACAUUCCUGAUCGUAGUAUGCGUGGCCAUGUUCUCGUUCACGGCUUGCGCGGCCCAAUAUCAGCGAUUCUACAUGCCGACGUCGUUUCUGUGCACAUUCCUCAUCUGCCUCGUCACUUUACUCAUCUUCUCAUCCGAAUCGCAAGUCGCCUUCAUGACGCCGGUCGCCACCCUCGCCACCAGUUUUCAGGUGUGUUUUUAUCCUCGGACAUUGGUAACGCGAAACGGACGUGCUCCGGACGUUUCUGGGCGAUUCUAGGGAUCCCUUAAGAGUUCUGAGGCUACUAAUGUGGUCACUAGAAAUGCCCCGACACGUCCGAUUCGCGUCCCGUUCGCGUUACCAAGGUCUGAGUCCUUAUAAACCUUCACCCAUCUCCUUUCUUUUGUUCUCUUCUUGUUUGUUGUUCUCAAAUAUCAAUCAAAAUAAUAAGCUCGUAAUCUCUCGCGAAGAUUAAGCCCACACAUAAUGCAAAGAGAAUCUCGUCUCUUUCAUAUGAUCUUCAAAUAAACAUAAAAAAAUUUAAAUGAUGACUUCACAAAAAAAUUAUAAGAUCAGUAAGAAAAAAAUAUAUAUUUCAAUUGAGAAAUAGUAUCAUUAUCGAGAAAUACGAAGUUCCGAUAAAUGAAUGACUUUUUAAUGAAUUUAAACAACUUUCUUGAAGAGACAAGGUAACUUAUCUUUGAAACAACGAGCUGAAAAACAAAAUAUAGCAAUAUUUAUGACACGACAAAAAAAUAUUUUUAGUUUUUCCACUUUGAACAUAAAAAAAUUGACACGCCGCUACUGUUCCGGUACAGUUUUGAAAAACUAAUAAACACAAAAUAAAAAAAUAAGAAAAAAAUAAAAAAAGAAAAAGAAAAAGAAAAAUUCAAUUUUUUUCAAAAGCUAAAAAAACCGUAAGGCGCAAAAAAAGAAGGCGGGCCCAGUCCAUGCAAACCAACGCACACAAUUAGAAAAACUUUCUAUCGCUUUUUGUCAAUUAUUUUUUUGCUUUCUUUUCACCUUUCACGUAUUUUUCUUAUGUUAAUAAUCUUGAAGAUAUCAUUAAAAAAAGGCCAGUUUUUGAAAAUAUAUGGGUUUCUCCGGAAAUAUGCUAUUUUUUUCUUCACCAUUUCUCAUAUUUUAUUAUUUUUAAAAAUUUCCCGUCGUCCGAAAUUUGUCACAGGCGAGAGAAGCUAAAAAAACAAGCUAAGAAUUUUUUUCAUAUCCUCCUUUUUUUAAUAUUUAAAUUUCACCAUACGCAGAACUAUUUAUAAGUGCUCAAUUUUUCUUCUUGAGUAGUUUUGCAGUAACUCCACCGUGAAAAACGUGACUCCAUUAUUUUUGAUGCAUGACAUUACACCGGCCAAAGGAUGUGUAAGAAAAAAAGAUACUUCGCGGCAUUUGUUGGUGUUUUCGCCUUGGUUCUUUCUUUUUUUUUUUCUCUGGGAUCUUCUCCUGCCACCCAAUAGUUUAUAGGAGAAGAUUCAAGCUCAAAAAAUGCUCGCGUCGCAAGCUUGAAGACAUCGAUUGCAAAGGAGAGAGUGGGGGAAAAGCACAAUGAGCAAAAGCCUAGAGGGCGUUCUCAACUUGGAUUGGAUGGUCCGGAGAGCAAUCUCCAUAAUUACGUGUUACUUGUGACACUGAAGCUUUCGGGAAGAUUGAAAAUGGAGAUUUUGAUGGGGUUUUCCCAAAUUUUCUUCGGUUAUUGAAUAGUUUUCCAUUAAAAAAAAUCAGAGAUAAGCAUUUUCAUAUGCUGUAAUGCCGUGCUCAAAAUGAAUCAAUAGAAUUCUAAACAACACUCAGAAAUUGAAAAAGAUAACUAAAUUCUGGAGAAUUAGAGACAAAUCUGAAUUCAACUAAAUUUACCUUGGACACCGCUUAACUCCAGUAGAGAAAAAACUACCUUUUUGAAUAUUUCCAUCUAAAAAUUGGUCAAUCUGUGAAGUCUAAUCCUUUUCUACUUGAUUUCUGUCAUAAAAGUACAAAUCCCUCCUUUUUUUUGUAGUAAUUUCAGGCUUCAGAAGGCUUCUUCUAUCAGAAAACAGAUACGAACUAAUCUCAAAAAAAGAAAAAAACUUUUCUCAGUACAUGAAACAACCAAGUCCAAAAAAAUCUGUUUGUAACAACAUACACGUGGAAAAUGGGUUUAAAAACGGAAAAAAGGGGUUUUUUACAAGUAGACUAAGCUUUCCGUUCUAUUGAGAUAAAUUGAAAAUCGAAUUUGUUUAGGAAAAUGAAAAUUGAAGGAAAACAGACUUCUAGAUCAAUUUUUUUAGCGAUUUCUUUUUCUCAUUUCGUUGAUUUUUGAAGUUUUUCUCAUUUUUUUCAUCAUUUUUUUGCUUGUAAAACAAGACAAGGAUAUCGAAAAUGGCUUCUAGUGAGCCUCCAGUGGCUCCUAUCUUAUUUAGAAUAAUGUCGUGGGCGAAAAAAAUUGAAAUUAAAGAUUUGAGUCCAUAAAAAUAACUGAAAGGAUUGAGUUUCAAAGGAAAAUGGCUGAAAAUGAUGACCUUCUGGCUUCUAUCAUAGAAUUUUUUUAGGUUGUUAAGGCUCAAAAAUAUUUUUUUUUUCUUAUGUCAAGCGUCCGUAAAUAACACAAAAAGGCUUAUUUUCCACCUCCAUAACCUUUUUUUAACGUUCCUUCAAACCUCCUUUUUUUUUUAAAUUUAUCCUUUUUCUCCAUAAAGUUUUCUUAUGAACCUUUUUCCGAUUUUUUUCCCGUAAGAACGAAGAAAAAUCAAUUUUUGAUUUUCUAUUCAAGUACCUCUCACGCCAUCGGAAAAUCCGGUGUUUCAGUUGGAAAAAAAUAGCGAAAUUUCAUUCACAGACACACGCGCAUUCAUUUUUAAUAUGCGAUUCGUUCUAAAAAUGGCCCUUUUCACAUCAAACCAAAAAGGGAACAGAAACCGAGCAAACGGCCCGUUUUUAUUGCACUUUUUCCGUGGAAAAUAUGAAACGCGGAUUGAAAGUUUAUUUCAAAAUCAUAAAGAAUAAAAGCGAAAUUUUUUAAAAUUAUAAAAUACUCGGGCAGAACGGAAAAACAAUUUAAAAUCUCUCCAAAAAAUGAUAAAAAAAAUGGUCCCAAAAUAUUUUUUUUUUGUUUUUCUUGCAUUUUUUUCACUUCCUCUAAUGAAAUUAUGCCGGAGAGCAUCUAAAAGAUCAUUAAGGCUAUGAAAAUGUAUCUCAAAAGCUUUUCUCACCAUUUUUGGAGCCUUUAGAGGGUCCUUUGCAGCUUCUUCUUACAAGGGAGGUCGUUUUUCUUUUCGGUUGGGAAUUUUCUGAAAGUUGGCCAGAACACUUCUUGAAGUAUUAGAAAAAAGACCCUGAAAGUUUAGACCUGCAAGGAUUUCUAAUAUUUGAGAAAUGAGGUCUCAAAGCCCCAAAAUUGCCCAUUUUAACAGAUUUUGAGGGUUUCUUCUGCGGCUUCAGGUGUCCUUUCUGAAAAACUAGGAAGUUUUGGAAGUUAAAAUUUUUUUUUCGGCAUUUUCGAGUAUCCUGGCCAAUUUUCAGGAAAAUCCCGACCGAAAAGUAAAAAGACCUACAUUGUGAGGGUCCUCAAAAGAAGUUUCUCGUUUCACCUUUUUACCCCUUUUUCAAUACAAAAUCGAUAUCAAAGAAUCGAAUUUCAGGUCGUCCUGCUGAUCUACACGGUGAUCCCCUUGCCAUUGUACCUAUGUAUAUUGAUCGGAGUGAUUUAUUCGAUUUUGUUCCAGAUUUUGAACAAGAACAAGGUGAGGUCAAAAAAAAAAUGAAAAAAAAUUGAUUUUUCCAGUUGGGACUGGAAGAAUCGAGCUACAUCAAGAUUUUCCUUCAUGUCGGGGUUCAUUUGCUCGGAGUUCACCUGUUCAUUUUGACCCAGGUAACUUUGAAAUUUCAGGUUUUAUUGAUUUUCUUGUACAUGAUGUCAUUUCUUCGCUUUUUUCACAGUUAUUUUUUCAAUUUUUGAAUUUUCAUCAGCUUUUCUUUUGAAAUUAUGCGUCUGUUCGACUGAAAAAUUAGAAAAACAUUUUAAGGAUUCUUCGUUUUUUAUUAUAUUAUAGCUUCCAUAAUUUUUUUAGAAAAUUCAAAGAUAUUUGAAGUUAGUUGUAGAAAAUCGCAAGUUUCCUAUUUUUUUUUCUCAAUUUUCAACUCUUUUGUGCUAAAUUUGCAUUUGGAGCAACUGAAGUCCGAAAAUUACCAAAAAAUCCGAACAUUUUCAUCUUUUUUUGUCUUUUUCGGGUCUAAUUGCUAUCAAGUUUCAGAUUUCAAAUAAUGUUAUUUUCGGCUCUGAAUGCAUAUAUUUUCUCUCAAAAUCUUCAAUUUCUUCCGCUUUUUCGUUUUUUUCGCAUUUUUUUUUUUGCAUUUUUCCGAUUUUCUUUUUUUCUUUUUUUCCUUUUUCAAUUUAUUUUUCUAUCAAGUCUUCUUUUUUUCACCUUUCUUGACUCUUCCAUACGUCCGCACUUUAUGAAAAUCAGCUCAUAUUGCAAUUUCUAGGCUUCUCACAUUUGCUAUUAUAUUAUUAUCCAAAUUAAUCCCCUCCGUCAAAAUUUUGAAGGUCAAUCCAAAAAUUGGUCUUAAUCUUGUUUUUAGCCGGAUUAUAUAGCCUAGUGGAUUAUUAUUGAGAAAAAAUUACACUGAAAUGAAUGUAGUUUGGUAAAAAAAAACCAUUCUAUGAAUUUUUAAAGGCGCAUAGGAAAAUUUUUCAUAUGGGUCCCGAGGCGAAUAGCCGUCCUUGUGUUAUUUUAAGACUUCUGCGCCUUUAAACAUAACAUAAAGGAAUUUUUCAAAGAAUUUAUUCAUUUUUUUAGAAGUUUUUUUAUUUUUUUUUCGAUUUCAACCUAUAAUUCCUCUCAAAAAUCAAUUUAGGUUCGACAACGAAAGACUUUUUUAAAAGUCGGUCAAUCUCUACUGGCUAGGAAGGAUUUGGAGCUGGAAACGCAGUUCAAAGAUCACAUGAUCCAAUCCGUCAUGCCUAAAAAGGUAGGAAAUAAUUAUUUUCAGGUGGAAAACUAACUUUUUCUGAUAUUAUUAGGCUACAAAUCUUAGCUAUUUCCGAAUUCUGAUAUGGGAAAAACAGCGAAAGAAUUAGACCUAUUCACAAAACUAAUCUCUGAAAAUCGAGUUGAAGCCUCAUAUAACCCUAUUGGAUAGACGGCGCAGGGUAAACAACAGGAAAAAGUCAAUUUUUUCGAAGGGAAUAUUUAUUGAGGUUCUCACUCCCCCCCCCCCCUUUCAAAGGAAAUUCUUAGGAGCCACAGAGGGGUCCCUAUAGGGUCCAUGAUGAUUCCCCUACAGGAACCACUUUGGCGCUUCUAAGUUAUCCAUUUUUCAAGUUUUGAACCACGAAAUUCGGACCAAAAUACAAAAAAGUCCUGUAGACAUGAUAGAAGCCUUUUCUUUCAUUACCAAGAUUUGAGAGCAUUUUUUUGUUUUUUCUGUCGAUUACGAAAUGAACCAAAAACUGAUUUUUGUCGUAAAAAAGUCUGAUAUUUCAUCGAAGAAAAUUAGGUCUUUGGACCGGCCGUAUUGUAGGAAAAAAGGAAAAAAAGAACAUUAUGAAUAUAGUCUGUGGGCCACGACUUAAAAUUUCGCUGAACGACGUUCCGCUGUUCCGCUGCGUGCGGUCGCGAAGCGUCUUUCGAAUCUAGGUCACGUUUUCAAUUGAUUGAUAUCGCUCUGGCAACACAUGAAAGUAGAGUACCUUAAUAGAAGAAAAAAACAAAUUAAAAGCGCGUCCAAGGUUUGCAAAGGCGCGCAGCGGCACAGCGGAAUGUCGUUGGGUGAAAUUCCAAGUCGUGGUACACAGUAGUGUUCUAAAAUUUGACCGUUCAGUUUUUCGAACGGUUUUAACAUGUCAUUUUUCUGACCGUUCGUUUGACCGACCAGUUUCUGAAAUUUACGCAACCGACCGACCAUUUUUGAAGUGACAUUUCGAAUGGUCAAAAACCAACAUGUCACUCUGAAGUGACAUGUUAAAAUGUUGAAACUUCAACCGUUCGACCAAUGACCAUUUAUUAUGACACGUUGAAAAAAUAUUGGUCGAACGGUCAAUUUUCGAAACUAUAAUACACAGGCUAUAUUUGUCUCGCUCAGGUAGCCGACGAGCUGCUGAAAGACGCCUCGGAACUGCGGCGGCCGUCGGCGAGCAUCGACUCGAACUGCCGGACCUCGAACGCCACGCAAACCCUUAAUUGCGAUGAACAACCCGUCGCGAUUCGUGAGUCAUCGACGAAAAUGGAAAAAACGAGAGAAUCGAGCCGAGCUCUUCCGCGAUGUCUCGUGGGAGUUGGCGGCUCAUUUGGCCACGAAAUUCAACUCUACCCGAAGGAACAUGAGCGCCUUUGAGCCCUUAAAAUUUAUGGGGCACACGUUUCCAGCUCAUUUCCAGCUGAGGUUACCGCCGAGAAAUGAGAGAGCUUCUAGAAAUUUUGGGGCGAUUUUUCGAGAAUUUCCUGGAAAAAAUGUUGAAUUUUUCCCUUGAUGCUGUAGUAAAGCCAGAAAGCUUGCAGAAUAUUGGGUGGAUUUUUUAAUAGAUUUCUCAAAAAGGCUGAAAAGCUUAGGAACGUCAGAGUGGUCUCUAUAGAGGCCGCUGUAGGGCACAAAAAGGGCUCCCUAGGGGGUAAAGUUCAAGUCGCCCCUAUAGGGGUGUAGGAAUUCCUGAAACUUAACUGGUACCUAUAGCGAUUUUUUUGAAUAUUCAAAAAGCGCCGAUUUGAUGAGUUUUUCAAAUAGUUUUUAUAACUAUAGUGGCCCUUAUAGGAAGUGGUGAAGCGGCCCCUAGAGGGGGAAUUUGGGGGUUGCCCCUCUAGGGACCACUUUGGCGAUUUCAAGAAUGGUAUCUAAUUUUCGUUCUUGAGAAUAAAGCUUUGCAGUUUUUCAGGUUUUCAACCUUUUCAAUAACCUUUCAAAAUAUCAAAAACUUUUCAAUUUUUUAUUUUUUAUACGUAGAAAAUUUAGAGAGCUGUGCUAUUUCAUGCAAGAAACUUGGUACAAAAAGCUUCAAAAAUUUAAAUAUUUAUAUAUUUAAUUCAAUUAAGUGAUUAUAAUUGAACAAACCCGCAAAAUCUACUCAAAUGGGGUUGGAUUUUAAAAAUUUGUUUGAAAUGGUCAUUUUGGGACGGGAAAUAUUUCAAAGUUAUUUAAAAAAUUCAAUCUCAUUCUUUUUUGUUGCUCAAAUGAGAUCAAGAAAGCUAAGUUUCUCAUAAAUUCCCAUUUUUCCAUUCAAUUCCCUACUUUUUCGAGCCAAAAAUAGGAACGAAUUGUUGGUUUGAUGGCUCUCAUAAACAACAAAAAGAACACCGGAAGAAACGGCCGGAAAUGGAGGGAAUUUUCUUGAAUUUCUAAGCUCAAAAUAACAUGUGAGGGAAUGGACACUCGUUUUUUGCAGAAAAACAAAAAUCAUUGAGUUUUUGAGUCAAAAGAAAAAGGAUUAUAGUUGAAAUUUUAAUGGAAUUAUUUGAAAAGUUCUGAAUUUCGUUGGUUUUUUUUUCUAAUUGCUUCAGUUUCUGUUAAACUGAGAAAAACUACAGUAACGUUAGGAGCUCGAAAGUAGUCCCUCUAGGGGCACGAAAGCUUCAAAAGUGGUCACUAUAGGGAGGUUUUUUUAUUUUUCAAAACAAAAAAUGAAUAUAAAAUAAAACGACCCCUAUAGGGACCACUUAGGGGACAUUAAAACUCUCUAGAGACCACCUAAACGUUAGCCCUAUAGGGGCCACUAUUUUGUCCCGUAUAGUGGCUGUUGUCCAACCAAACCCCUCUAGGGACCACUCUGGCGUAUCUUAAAUGCGCAAAUUCGAAUGGGAAAAUUUUCAGUGGCCACUAUAGGGUUUUGACGUUUUAGUGGCAACUUAAGGGGUCUAAAGGCUACUACUAAAUCUCUAAAAAUUUUAGGGGCCACUUCAGGGGUCAAUGGAUCAACAUAACUGGUCCAAUCUGUCUGUUUUGAAAUUAUCAGAGUUACUGAAAGGAAUACUGGAUGAAAAACUUCUGAAGUGGCCACUAAAUAGAUAACCUCUCUAGUGGCCACAAAAACGGAAAAUAGUGGCCAGUAUAGAGGUGAGUUUAGCGGCCACUUUAGUGUCCUAUCCAAGUAGUCUCUAGCCUUAAUAGUGGCCACUAAACUAAAAAUUUUCCCAGGGAUUCAAGAUAUUUAGAGGAUGAUUGAAACGAUGAAAAUUCAGAAGCGAUGCCGAAAUCCGUCCCGGACUACCGAAAAUUCCGACCCUUCACCAUGAAUCUGAUGACGGACGUCUCGAUUUUGUUCGCUGAUAUCGCCGGCUUCACGAAAAUGUCCUCGAAUAAAUCAGCCGACGAGCUUGUGAACCUUCUCAAUGACUUGUUUGGAAGGUAGGUUCUGGAAAGAAACGAAAAUGGAGGGAAAUAGCCCCUGAGGAAAAAGUUAUAAAGAAGGAUUUUUUUCGAAAUAUAAAUAUUUCUUGUAGAAGCAAACCUACGUUGCGCCUUUAAUAACGCUCCAGGAAGAAUUUUUGAAAGGGAAAAAAGUUAGAUUUAGAUGGAAAUUUUUCAUGCAGCCUUUCUUUCACUUCCGGCUUGAGAGGAAAAUUUGAAGGAGACUUUUUUUCAAAAAAUGAAAAUUUUCUUAUCAAGGAAGAAGCUUUAUACAAUUACAUGCAUUUAUGACUUUCAGGGGAUCAAAAAAGCUUACAAAAAAAAUAAGUCAAUAAAAGUUGAUUCAUCUGCGCCUUGAGAUGGCUCUUUAAAGGUGCAUUCAAGCUUCCCAGAAAUAUUCUCGAAAAUUGAGCGAAUAAGAAGAUAUCCUACAGUAACCAGCGAUGUGAUUUCAAGUGAUUUUGGCCAAAUUCGAAUUUAUCUGUGACCCUCCAAAGUUUAGUUAUCUUUUUCACUCUGUGACGGCUAUUUUGAGUCUCGCGGGAUCACUUUGAGCACGUCAUCAAUUUUUAAAGCAAAAAAGAAGAAAAAAAGAAUAUUUUUAGAAGUUUGAGAAUCUUACUUUAUUCUUUCAGACUCUCAUUAUUUAUUCUUUUUUUUUAACGCGAUGCUUCUAGGUAAAAAACAAAGACAAUUCAUAAAGUUUCAGUUGAGUCGAUUUUUUUCGAAAUUAAUUUUUCAGGUUCGACACGCUUUGCCGGAUCUGUGGACUCGAGAAGAUUAGUACUCUCGGUGAGAUUUUUGAGUUGAUUUGAUCAAUCAAUCGAUAAAAUUUUUCUUCUUUUCACGGCUUGAGUGGCUCAAAGUCCUUAUAUCAGUGAUAAUCGGUAGAAUGGCUCUAGUGUAUCCGACUUUGUGUUAGAAAUCAUGAAGCCGUGGGGUCCUACUUUCAAAAUUUCUUAAAAUCCUUGGUUGGGUCGCGACGGGGAUCGAACUCGUGACCCUUUGGACCGCAGACAAGCACAUAACCUGCUGCGCCACGGCGUGCGAAUCGUUCAAACAAUCAAAAAAGGACUUUCCAGGAGAUUGCUACUACUGUGUGGCCGGAUGUCCGGAGCCUUGUGAAGAUCACGCCUGCAGGACGGUUGAAAUGGGCUUGGAAAUGAUCGGUGAGCUAUUUUAUCAGGAUUUUUGA